UUUUGGUGAAAUUAAUUGAUAAUCAGGAUAGCAGAUAGCAAGAAUUAUAUUAUUUUUUUUUAUGCCAAGAUAUCCGGAAGUACUCACCGGCAUCCAGAUUUGUCGAGCGCCAGAUGGUUAUCACGCAGGAAAGAGCAAGCGAUCGCUCGUCUCGACGGUUCAACACGGAGUCCCGAGGAUCAAUCGGAUCGCGAUGUAUGUAAGAGAGAAAUGUGAGAUAGGACCUUCCGGAGGGAAAGAACACGUCCUUCGCGUAAGUGGCAUCAACGUUUACUUAGAAAGCGGGAAUCUAGCGUUUAACGUCGUCAUCAUCGUGUUUUACACUAUAAGCAAGUGGGAAUGGAUGGGACGAGAAGAUCGCGAGGCGGUACAUCCGCCACGUGCAAAUUGACUCCCAUAUGUGAGCACGUAAGCUAGCUAUCGUUGGUAUGCCAGUUGCGUUUGCGCUGCUUGCGCGUUGCUGCGUGCGCCCGCGAGAAACUUUACACCUACUUACAUUCAUGUUUUCACAGCCAACUUUGGCAUUGGCGACACCGAGUGGCGGAUUUACCUCGAAUCGAGACGCGCAUUAGCAUUAGACGGUUACUGAAAGAAAUACUCUGUGACGAAGUCUAGAAGAGAUAAUACGCAAAUAGGUCUGAAUAAUCUGCAAUGAAGCUCUUAUUGUCAGAAUGAACCGCUAAACGUCUUAAAUCAUAUGAUACGCAAUUUAUCUGAGAACGCAGCAGUAAAGAAAGAUAUGGCAAAGUAAGA